AUGGCUAGCGAUCCACUCAUUGUCCCUACCAUUGUCCCCGGUGGUUCGCUGCAUUUUGCGACGAUCAACGCCCAGGGCACCGUGCAGGACGUUCUCGAUGCGCUCGUUUCGAACGAGGAGGUCAUCUCAGAGGUACUCGGAGGUCUGGACCCGUACGGAUGGGCCGUGCAGCGGAUCAGACUUGAGCAUCACGGCCGCCCUUGGGAGGAGGACGAACUCGAAUCUCUUGGGAAUGGCAUACUCCCUCCUGCCACGGACGUCGCCCCGUUGCUAAAUGCUCCAUCUCUGACCGCCCGGUCUCAGCGACACUUCUCUGCAUUCCCUCUCACAUCUCAUCUGCACACCCCCACACUACGCCUAGUGUCUCUCCAUCCGUUCCUCUCCUUAACUUUGUCGUUCUUGCGCGUACCUGAGAUCCACGACGGCUUCCUGUGGAAGCUCUUCAUCUCCCGGGGAACGACUGUGCGCGUCGUUCUAGAUGCGGUCAUUGACGAACUCGGGCUCACGAAGACACUCCCCAUUCCUGGAGGCGGCUCGUUGGAGUAUGUCAUCGAAGAAGUAUGGUCAGACGGGCACUCGGAGAAGCCCGUUAGGCUACCCUUCGAAAUCGAGCUCUCUCCCAUCCUUGAGAACUCGUUUUCCCCAAAUCCAAUCGGUCGUAACGCAAGUCGCUCGUUCCGGUUCUGCGUCCCGGACGAGUGGUAUCGACGAUCCAAGUCACGCAGCGUCUCUCAGGCGUCGAAUGUAUCUCAAGACACGAUAAGGAGACUCGCUGAUUUGGAAGAGGAGGACGAAGACAAUGAAGAGGGCGAAGAAGAGGACGAAGAGGGCGAUGGUACGGCAAGGAUACGUUCUCUCGAUACACCACCGGCGUCGGAACCAGGAAGUGGUGGGUUCAAGGCUCCUAUGGACUGGAGGAGUUCGAUAUCGCAGAACCGGUUCUCUAGCAUAUUGGACAGUUGGAUGCGUCCUCAAAGCCCCACCAGUGAACGACCAUCGACCCCCACGCAGGAGAAGAAGGUGGUUAGUGAACCUGUACUGGUGGAACAGCGCACCGGGGAGACUGCUCCCAGCAAUGCCGGUAUCGAGGUCGACGGUGUCGAUCCUGAGGCGUUCGAGCAGAUGCUGGACGACAUCGGACUCAAGGGACCAAAAAGAGAGGCGAUGUACCGCUUACCGAUGGAGCAGAAGCGCUAUUUACUGCAGCAGAACCAAGCUUCGCGGGCAGGGACGAUGACAAGGGCCGCUGCUGCGCGCACGAACAAGUCUCCGCAAGCUCCAUCCACGUAUGGUCCCGCGAGUGCUGCAGCGAUGCUUCCCCGGCUUGUACCCCAGCUUACAGGCGACUCUGGCCUCAUGAAACGCUUUUCCAUCGCUGGAUGGGGCGCUGGAGGGUCGUCUCAGCUGGAAACUCCUACCAGUCCUACUCAGCGAUCCAGUGCUGACAUGAGCCCAAAUCGUCGAGACUCGAUGGUUUCCAUGGCCUCCACCAGGUCAACACCGGAGAAGAGGAGUCUGGAGACCGCAUCCAUGCAGCCCCAGGCCACUGGCGGUUUGUGGAACAGUUGGUGGGCGUCGUCUGGUGGUGCGAAUGGUGCUCAAGCAAAGGAGACGGAGAAGACAGCAAACUGGUACGCGAAUGGGAUCCGCAAUGGUCGCACCACGGACACAAAGCUCGUCAAGCAUCUCAUUUCUCUCCGGGUUCAUCUGUCUACGGCCAACCUUGCUUGGAUUGAAGAUUUCGUCACUGCAGAGUCCGGCAUGAAUGUUCUUAGCGACAUUUUGGCAAAACUCGUCAGCAAGGGAGGCAAACGGAAGAAACUCACCGAGGUCGAGGAUACGGUGCUCAUGGAAAUCGUCAAGUGUUUGCGGGCACUGCUGAACACCGAGCCCGGUUUCCGUGAGGUCCUCGCACAUCCCACACUUAUUACUCAUAUUUCGUACUCCCUCCACGGUUCCUCUGCCAAAUUGCGCACCCUCACUUCGGAAGUCCUCGCUGCGAUUUGUGUUCUGUCCCUCAAGGAAGGCCAUCGGGCCGUCCUCUCAGCCAUGUCCGACUAUCGGAUUGAGUUCGAGGAAGCUUUCCGUUUCCAAGACCUCAUCGCGUCCAUGCGCUUGCUGGAUAUGUUAGACGAGGACGACCCACCCAGUGAAGGAGGAUACGGUAACGAGGAGGAAGGCGUAUGGGAAGCGCGAACAGCGUCUAUGGCCCUCAUCAACGCACUUACCAACUGCCCCGACUCACUGGAAGAACGCAUUUUGCUCAGAGAAGAGUUCAGUCGAAGAGGUCUCAAUGAGGUCAUUGUGACGUUGCGAUAUAUCAAGCCUCCAGAGUCAUUGGUAACGCAGCUCGAUGUCUACACCGAAGAGAAGUUUGAAGAUGAAGAAGACAUGCGAGAGCGUGCGCGUGACGUCAUGUCAGAAGAACGACGCUCGCGUACGGAGUCUGGCGCUAUCCUCGACGAUCUCAUGAAGACUGCCAAGGCACAUGAGCACUUGUACCCAAUGAUGCUCGCUUUGUUGAAACGCUUUGGUGACAUAUUUGAACGGGACCUUCUAUGCAGGCAACUGAAGGCAGACCUAUUCACCGUUCUCGAUAAAUUUGCUGAACAAGCAGCGACCCUGGAAGACUUCGAUGACCACUGGUGUGCAUUCCUCAAACACUUCACCGACUCUGUCCAGUCUAUCACAGGCCAAGUUGUGGACGUGAGGCUCGCCUCUGAGGCAGAUCACUCUGUACUUCAAGAUGAAAUUGAUCAACUUCGCGCGACAGUGGAUCAGCUGAGUACAGAGAGAAUCGACCUUCGAAGCGAACUUGAGCAACAGACCGCAGAGCUCAAUACGCUGAAGUCAAUACCUCCUGUGUCAGCGUCGAUCGGUCGUAAAGGCGGCGGUCGAGGAAACCCAGAGGGAUUCCACGGUCUCGUUCAGCGCUUGGUCCAGAAGGAAAAACAAGUUCUUCAGCUCCAGAACGAGGUUGACCGUCUCCAGACGCAGAAUCCUACCGAGACUCGCGAACAGGAUGACCGAGCAAAGCGGGAACGUGACAGGGUUAAGUGGCAUACUUUGAAUGAAGAGAUUGCCAACCUGAAGUCGCAGGCAUGUCUCUGUGAGAUUAACCUCCUUUUCAAGGAGAUCGUCUACCUCAAGCGUGCCCUUGAGUCAGUCUACUCCCGCUUCCAGUCACGGGAAGAGACCCGAGAGACAGACAAUCGUGACGCGGAAUUGGACGCGCAACUAAUGGCCAGUCGUGCGAUCGAUAGUCUGACGCAGAAGGAUGAUGAAAUUGUUGCUCUCCGAGUGGAAAUUGAGUCCCUCAAGACCCAGCUGGCUGCGAAGCCGAAGUUCAUUACAGAGAAAGAUUUCAAGUCACAGGUCGCCCCUCCACCCCCGCCUCCUAACAAACCUCUCUCUCGUGCGAACAGCCUCGCAAAUGGGAAUGUACCUCCGCCUCCGCCUCCGCCCCCACCGCCCCCACCUCCAAGAGUUUCUACAUCUCCUACAACGCCUACGGCUUCUACCGAUGGUCCAUCCAUACUCCCACCCCCACCCCCGCCUCCGCCUCCGCCCCCGCCCCCUCCACCUGUGUCCUCCGGUCCUCCGCCCCCGCCCCCGCCUCCGCCUCCGCCUCCGCCUCCGCCUCCGCCUGUGCUUUCUGGUCCUCAGCCCCCGCCUCCACCCCCACCCCCGCCGCCUCCCGGAGGUUCGGGCGGGCCUCCUCCACCACCUCCACCUCCUCCAGUACCCGGGAUGCCUCCACCCCCUCCCCGUCCUUCCGGUGGGGCGCCACCACCGCCGUCUGCGUGGAAAGCUGCUAUCCCCAAGAAGCCUGGAAAGCGUCUCAAGCCGUUUUUCUGGAACAAACUCAACGCGCCUGCCCUUCCGGCCACUGUGUGGGGCGAGACCCCAUCUGAUUUCACACUUGACAUGGAGGACCUCGAAUCAACGUUCUCUAUCGAGAGUUUGCCGUCAACGAGCUCCCAGAUUAGCGCGUCGUCUCCCAAGAAGCAGAAUGUGACUACACUGCUUGACAUCACUCGCGCAAACCACGUUGCGAUCAUGCUCUCGCGCAUCAAGAUCGGACUACCGGAGAUCCGUAGGGCUCUGCUUGAGCUCAACGACCAGGUUCUUUCCGUAGAUGACCUGCGCGCCAUCAGCAAACAGCUACCUACCUCCGAAGAAGUUGUCCGGCUACAAGACUUCGGCGACGUCAGCAAGCUCGCCAAAGCGGAUCAGUACUUUAGCCAUAUCAUCACGUUGCCACGCUUGCCCGAGCGUUUGGAGUGCAUGCUCUAUCGCAGGAAACUGGAGCUGGAAGUCGAGGAGAUUCGACCGGAGCUCAACAUCGUGCACAUGGCGGCAAAAGAGCUUCGGUCGUCGGCAAGGUUCCGGCGUGUCUUGCAGGCGAGUAUGUUGCCAGCUGUCCUCGCAGUUGGGAACGCUUUGAACGGCUCGACCUUCCGUGGAGGCGCUCGAGGUUUCCAACUGGAGGCUUUACUAAAGCUCAAGGAAACGAAGACGGUGAAGGCGACAUCUGGCUGUCCCACUCUCCUUCAUUACCUUGCCAAGGUUCUCCUGAAGAACGAUCCUCAGCUGGUCACCUUCAUCGAAGAGAUGCCGCACGUUGAGGCUGCUGCUCGAGUAUCCGUCCAGAUCAUAACAGCUUCCGUCCAGGCUCUGGUUGGUGGACUCAAACUAGUUAGCGACGAGAUCCGUCAGCUGCAGACGAUCCGGACCCCUGAGGACCGCUUUGUGAUCGUCAUGCAGCCGUUUGUGCUGCAGAUGACUCCCGUCGUUGAUUCCUUGAAGAACAUGGGUAAAUCCCUGGACAACGACCUCCGCUCUCUUCUGGCAUUCUUUGGAGAGUCUCCUGAUUCCCCCGAAGCACCGAAACCCGAUGAUCUUUUUGGCCUCAUCCUUUCGUUUUCCUCCGCCCUUCAGAAGGCUGGUCUGGAAGUGCACGACUCUAUGCCCAAGGUAGCACCACCCUCUCUGGACAUCACCGAAGAAUCUCCCUCUCCAACCAACGAAGAAGGGACUGUCAAAGGCAUCAGAGAGCCCAAAGAUAAGAACAGCGACACUCUCCGGCCCGUUCCGAAGUCCCAAAGCCGCGCAUCAGGACACUCCAUCGGCCGAGGAGACCUCGAUCAAGCUAUCCGGAGCAUGCGUUCUGGCCACAGACGGGAUCGCAACCCUAAUUCACGACCUCUCAGCAAGAUUUUCGUCGACGGUGCUCGGGCGAGUCGCAUCUACGACCAGUGA